UUCCGCUGGCUGUGGCAGGGAAACUGACAGAUUCAAGGAGUUAAUCUACAAUAAUAAUGUUGUAGAAUAAGGUUUUUGAUUUCACUGUGUUUGAUAUUAAGAAUGGCAGAAUCUUUUUCGAUUGAAGGUGCCCGUAGCGGCCAAAUGCACUCUCUUCUUGGCGAGUUCAAGGGAUUAUAUGAGGGACGUCUCAAACGACUUGAUGAGACCGAAGUCAAAGGGGAAGAUACACUAAAGACUCGGGUGCGCAUUCUGCAGGCUUAUGUCAAUGACCUUAGUGAACAGAAUGAUGUCCUUGUAUCCACCUUAGAAGAACUAGAAAAAGAGGCCAGAGAGCGGGUCAGCUUAUUGGAGAAAGAACUAAAAAAGGCAACAACGUCAAGUAAGGAUCAUAUCACCAAAACCAGGGAGCUGGAAAGAGAGCUCCGCGCCCUAACCAUAGAGAAAACCAGAGCCGAAAACUUACUAGAGAACAAGUCCGAGUUCUCAGUACGAAUGUCCUCAGUACAGCAAACUUCCUCUUCUUACCAAAGAUCAGAACAGACCAUUUACAAUGGGGAUUUACAACAAAGAAUCCAUCGCCAAGAAGAGAGUAAUGCUCGAAUUCGGGAUGAGAACUCCAAUCUUAACCAUGAUAUUGACCAGCUGUUAACAGUGGUCAGAACUGCCAGGAACACAGGGAAAUGGGAGAUUGACAAUGUUCGAUUUCGUGAACUUUCGAAGGAACAAGUCUUUGGUGUCGUGAGGGAACCUUUAACAAGAAUAGGUAGUGAUGAAGCAUUAGAUGAACAACUCAGGAACUUGAAGGAACAGUUACGCAGGAAAGAUGAACAACUGGAGCAGCUUAGUAGAGAAGCCUCUAUUCGUUCUAAGAGGAGACCAGAGGAUGCCGAUUCCUCCACAUCUAGUCAGUCAGAUAAAGACUACACUGUCAUGCAGCUCAAAACGGACCUCAGACGAGCAGAACAGAGAGUGGAGGACCUUCAGCUAGAGGUUUCAAAUCGUGAAAGGAAAAUGAAUUCCCUACAAUCCCAGUUACAUGAUCUACACAAGGAGAUCUCAAGACGGGACUCUGAGAUCACCACACAUCAGCAAUCAAUCAAAAUGCUGCAGGAAAAACAGCGCUACCUGGCAGGGGAGAGUGGAAAGGCAGAUGAUACCAUUCGUCAGUUGAGAAAUGAGCUUUCCAUGAGCAAAGAAAAGUACUCACAAGUAUCACAUGAUGUUGGUCUUCAAGACAAAGUAAAUCACUAUGAAAGAAGAAUCCGAACAUUAGAAAAUGAGCUCCAUGAAUCCAAAGACCAGAGAAGGAAGGCCCUGGAGGAGAUGGGUAUCCUUCAAGAGAGAAUUCGGGAAAGUCAGUUAUCCACCAAAGAUCACCAUGAAGUGCUCAAGUCUGAGUUGGCUAGGAGAGAUGAUACAAUACAAAAACUACGACGAGACGUGCUUCAACUCCAGGAAAAACGAGAUGCUGCAGUUAGUGAGCUGGACCAACAGUCUUGUAAUGUCAAUCAAAUGAAGGACCAGAAAAAACACUUAGAGGACGAGAUUCAUAGACUGGAAGCUAAGAACAAAGCUUUUGAGGAUGAACUGACAUCUUGUAAGAAGGCUUAUGAUGAAGCCAGGGUUGAUGCAAGUUCAACAGUAACCAAGAUGUCGCGAAUGGAAGCAGAAAUGCAAUCUCUGCGCUCUCAACAUGCUGACUCUUUGGCACAGAUUCAGAAACUGACCAACAGCCUCCAGAAAUUACAGAUCUCAUCCAAGGACACUAGAGACUGUCUGACCUCAGAGAUGUAUGACUACGGUAGACCUGGUGUGGCAGAGAGACAUGACAACAUUGUGAAACUGAGGAAUGAGAAUCGUGAGAUUGAGGAGAAAUUGAGGGAGGCAUUAGCCUCGGCAUCUCACAGGGGGGAAGUCAUUAAACAGCUGAGGGAGGAAAUCAAACAGUACCAGGGAAGGGUACAAGAAUCUCAGAGGAAGAUUGACUCCCUGGAUCAAGAACUACAGCAGGCCAAUAGUCGUUACACUGCCCAGGCACGAGAAGUGGACAGACUUCAGACGGUCAUCCAGGAACGGGACCUGACCACAAGCCAACAGGAAACUAUACUCAAGUCGGACAUUGCUGAGAGGGAGGAAGAUCUACACAGGUUCAAGGCUGAAAUCUCAGUGUUACAUGAAAAACUGGCACAGAAUGGAAAUCAGUUGAUCAACAGAGAUGAUCAGAUUGCGAGACUGAACAAGGACAUAGCAGAUCUACAGGAACAGUUAUCUCGUAAAGACUCCUCAUUAAAAAAUCUUGACCAUGAACUCAGGAACGUUCAGGAUGAAAGAAGACAUGUGGAAGAUACUCUUUCUCGGAGGGAAAUAAGCAUCCAGCAGUACGAGGUGGAUCUUGCCCAGGUUAAACAGCAGUACAAAGAGGCAGUGGAGGAAAAUGGCCGCCUCGAGGCACGGAUCCAGGCCUUCGCCAUCAAUGCACAGAGUGAACAGGAUGUUCUUAGUUCAGAGGUCAAAAGAAGAGAGGAUGUUAUCAAGAGAUUGAAAAUGGAGCAUGUUAACAUGCAAGAGGCCAACAGUCGCUUUGAGGAGAAGGUCAAUCAACUGGAGAGAGAAUUAGACCAAAUGAAGAUGCAUCUGAGGACCAGUCAAUCAGAGCUGGACACCAAGCGAGGAAUUAUCAGUAAUCUGGAGCACAAUUUAGAGGAGUCCAAGAAGCGAGGAGCUCAUCAGCUCGACGAGAUCAAUCGUCUCGAGGACCAGGUCAGGGAGCUAAAUAUAGAACUGACCUCUGUCCAGUCUCAAGUGGAAAAGCUUCAGCAAUCAAACAACACAAAAGAUGAUUUGAUACACAACCUGAAGAAAGAUGUGGAAGGUUUACAGAAGCAGCAGAAAGAUACAGUCAGCAAGGUGGUGGUUAGAGAUGAUACCAUCCAGAAAUUAAACAAUGAAAUUGGAAAACUGAAGGCUAAGCACCAAGAAAAAUUGGGAGAAGUCCAAAAACAAGGGGAGACAAUCAGGAAGUUACAGGAGGCACUCACAAAGAGCCACAUGGAUUUGGAUGCUGCCCGCAACAAUUCUGAUGAAGAGGUCAGAAGAAGGGAUGAGAGCAUUAAGCAGUUACAGGAGGACUUGAUGGAGUCUCAGGCUCAGUACAGUGCCUGCUAUAAUGAGCUGUUGAAGGCUGAGGAUGACAUCCAAUGUCUGAAGAAUGACAACUCUCACAUGAACCAGGCAUCUCAGGCUAACUCUCAGGAAAUUGGUCAACUUCAGGACCAGCUUCACCAGAUCGAGCUAGAGCUCACCAUCUCCCAGGAGAAACACAGAACCUGCCAGAAAGAGGUAGCCAACAGAGAUCAGGUGAUACUGAAGCUUCAGACCGACCUUGACACCACACAGGAGAAGUACACAGGAUGUUUGGAAGAGCUAAAUAUAAGAGAGGAUGAGGUCAUAAGGUUGAAUAACAAGGUCAAACAGUUACAGCAGGAGAUUCGUGACCUCAAUGCACAGAUUGAAGGAGACUCUCAGAAGAUUGCUGGUGAUGAGAAAACUAUUCAGAAACUUCAACAUGAUCAGGAAAUUUCUCUCCAGGAGGUGAAAAAUCAUUUGCGAACUAUUGAGCAAUUGAAGACGGAUCUGCAGAUCUCUCGGAGCAACCACGAACAGGAAAUCCACCGUCUUCAGUCAGACAUGGAGAUCCUUUCAAAGGACUUACAACAGACAAAAUCUGACCUUAGUGAGAGUCAAAACACAGUGAUGGAACAAAGGAACUCCAUCACUAAUAUGUCAGAUGACAUCGAACGAAUGGGCAAACAGCAGGACAACAGCACAAGAGAGAUGUUGAGGCAGUCUGAAACUCUGGAGGAGCAGGAAAACAAAAUCACAGAAUUGAAACAGCAGGUGAUCAUUCUGGAAGACCAAGUGGACACAUCCCGAGAAGAUGCCCAGAAAUUGGAUGCUAAUCUGAAUGCAUAUAAACAAAAAUACAACCAGGCCCUGAACGAGAUAGCUGGCCUGGAGGAGUCUGUGAAGACCCUACAGGAACGACUUACUGAUAGUAGGAACAAAGAACUGGAGAAGGAUCAGAGAAUUGAGAGUCUGAAGAACGACUAUGAGAACAUGGAUAGGAUGUAUAAUGACACGAAACAUGAGGUACAGAAGUGUGAGGAUGUGGUGGAUCAGCUGACUCAGGAACUGAACGCAUCUCAGGAGGACCUCUCUCUGUCUCAGAAUCGAGUCCGCGAGUGUGAGGAGAAUAUCAAGAACCUCAAGGACCGCAUCAAUGACCUUACAGCUGAGUCUCUAGCAAAUGAUCAGAGGGCAAGAGCAUUGGAGAAUGAGCUGCUGACGUAUAAAGGAGAUCACAGCCACACAGAUCAGGAGUAUCUGGAGAGAGAGGAUAAGAUAUCUUCAUUGGAGAUUGAGGUAGAGGAAGUCAGAAAUGAACUGCAAAACAAGCUUCACAUGCUGGGAGACUACCAGGAUCAAAUUAACGACCUGAAGGUUGAGCUGGCAUCAGUCAGGGAACAGAAGAAUAGUGCUAUGAAAGAGAUUGAUCGCCUAGAACAAAGCAUUCAGCAGUUACAGCUGAAUUUAGCUGGUUCUCAUCAACGACACAAGUCAGAUACCAGUCGACUCCAAGAUCAGCUGGGAACUCUGGAAGCCAGUCUCCACCAAUCACAGGCCAGAGGAGCUGCUCUCGAACAGGAACUGUCUCGCAGAGAGGACCAGGUCAAGUCUAACGAGGCAGAAAUCAAGGCAUGCAGGGCAGACAUUGGAAACAAGGCUGAAGAAAUUGAAAAAUUGGAAGCUAACAUCAAAGAUUUGAAGUUGGAAGUGAACCAUCUUCAGAGUUCCAAGCAGAGAGCAGACAGUCAGUUAUCUGAAGUUCAGAAUGAGGCUGAGCAUUUGAAAUCUGAUUUGUCAGAAGCACGGUCCCAGUACAAAGACUGUGCACAAGAGCUUGCCCAUCAUGAAGAAAAGCUAAUGUUGAUGGAACAGAGCUUAAACACGACACAAGAUCAGCUCAGUCAAAGGGUCACAGAGGUCGUGAGGCAUGAGCAGAUCAACAGGAAGUUACAGGCCGAGCUCAAGACUCUGAGGGAGAGGAAUACCAGCUAUGAGGAGGAAAUCGCAGAGCAGAAGUCAAUAAUUGAUAAACUAAGGAAGGAUUUGGUGGCAGCCAAGGAGGAGUAUCACUCAGCGGUACAGGAGGGCCUGGCCUACAAACAACAGGCACACAAAACUGAGGUGGAGCUCAAGGGGGCCCGUGAACAGGAACAGAUGCUGUCUGAGCAGGUGGAGCAACAGGACAACAUCCUGACACAGCUACAACAGGAACUGAAGGCGGAGAGAGAACGUCAUGCUGACACGGGGCGCCACCUACAGAAGGCCAAGAAAGCUAACUGUGAUCUUAAGGAUGACAUUGAUAACUACCACAAACAAGUCGCAGAUCUCGCCACUACAAUUAAGGAGAAGGAUGAGCUGUUGUCUAACAUGAGAGGAGAGAUGGAGUCUAUACAGCAGAGACAGAGGAACCUCAAGGAGGAGCUGGCUGAGAGGGAGGGACAGCUGAGGGUGGCCAAAAUGAACCUCCAGACUGCCCAGAAACAGAGUCAGCAUCAUUCUCAAGAGAUUUCUAGAUAUGAAGAGACCCUUGUACAAAUGCAGAAUGACCUUGACAAGGCCCAGGAACAGUUCAGGAAAACUCAUGCAGAGUUAUUAGACAAUGAGCAGCGUGUCCAUGACCUUAAGGUUCAGCUAGCAACAGUUCAAGGUCACCACAAGGAGUCCAUGGAUCAGCUUGGAGAAAAAUCUCGCCAGGUGGCAGCAAUUAAAACUGACCUUGCCAAAUCACAACAGCAAAACCAGUCCUUGUCUGAUGAGUUGCAUGCAUUUGAGGAAAAAAUGAGGAUGAUGAAUGGAGAAUGCAAGAAGCUGCAGGAGAUGAACAAAGCUGCAGAUGAUGAGAUGCGAGCCUUUGAGAUGAAAUACCAAGAUAUGCAACAAGAGCUUAUGAAUACCCAGGACAAAAGUCGACAGAGUUUACAGGAACUCUCUGCCAGGGAGGAAGAAAUAGUAGUCCUAAAAAUAGAACUUAGCAAUCUGCAAGAAAAGUUUAAAGCCAAAUUAGAUGCGUUUGACAAAUUGAAGAAUGAUCACGACUUCAUACAGUAUAACUAUCAUUGUUCUGGGGAGGAGAUUCAGUCACUGCGUAAUGCUCUGGAGGAAUCAAGGUCAAAUGGGGACCGCCUUCACAAAGAGAGUGAACUGGUGGUUCAGAAUGUCAACACAUGGGUGCAGGAACAAAAGCUUGCAAAUGAGAAACUGGGCAACAAGAUUAGAGAGCAGAGCAAAGCUAUUAUGACACUAACAUCAGAAAAAGAACAAUUGCUUGACCAAGUUGCACAGCUACAGAAACAGAGCAACAAAAUGAAGAUAGAACUAGAAGAGAGACGUGAUGAAUCAGACAGGUUUAAGGCACUACAGAACCAUUCCUCACACCAGCAAGUUAUUCUGAAUCAGCUGAGAUCCAGGCUUGAAGAUCAUGAACAUGAUCAGGAUCAAGAAGUACAGAGUAAAAUAGCUACAAUAGAAGAUCUUCACUCUAGACUGAAACUGAAUAUAGACAACAUCCAGCAGCUAAAUCAGCAGCUAAGUACCUUACAAAAAGAGAACCAUCGUCUUAGGAAUGACCUUGAUCGAGAGAUUUCAUCCCGACAGACAUUAGAAUUACAGGUAGAAAGCAAAGACCAGACAAUCAGUAGUCUAAAAUCUCAGCUGGACGCAAAACGUCACCUCCUCAUUGAAAACAGCUCCCCACUCAAGGACUUUGAUAAACCUGAUGAUAAAAAAGACAAAAUAUUGAGGGGAGGAAUUAUUGACAAGCAAAGAGCCUAUGGUAAAGGACUAGAGGAUGCUGGGAUAUCUGAUCCACAUGCUUUAGACAAGAAUUACUGGAUCCAGAGAGUGGGUGAGCUUUCCAUCCAGUUGCAGCAAAGCAGUGAAUACUGGGCAGACAAAGUGCGUGAACUCUCUGGGCAACUGGGCAAGGCCCGAUCAACCAUUAGCCAGUCCCCCAAACCUCGAUAGUUUUAUGAUGCUAUAUGAAGUGUGUGUUUACUCACAGUUUACCGUCCAGUAGUACUAGUCGACGAGGAUUGUAGUUAUCAAUGGUACCUCUAUGCAACGUGUCAGUAUAGUCACCUUUGUUAGGGGAGUUUUGUCUUGAAUGUGUUUGUGUGUGUAGAGAAGGCAUAAUUUAUUAACAAGAUUACAGUAAAUUCGUGAAUAAACUCCAGCUGAAAUAGCUGCCAGUCAUCAGAUGUAUUAUUUAUAGAAAAAAAAAAUUCAUAUACAAUUUUUUUGUCUCUCAGAAACAUUUUAUGUAGAAUUGAUGAUUAGUGUUCAACACUUUUCCUUUUUGCCGUCCAUUUAUAUAUUAUGCUUUUGAAACAUUGUAUUUAUAAAGGUCUUUUUUUAUUACUGUAAGAAAAAUGAUAGGUAGCAACAAAUUUUUGAGAGGUUAAAUGCCAUGUUGAAUAUUCUGUGUAUGGCAGCAUAGCAUUUGUGCAGUAUUAUAUUGCUUCACAUGGGAAACUGAUGUGUAUUAUAUCAGAAUGUUCCAAGAAUUUUUUACUCUUUAGUUGGACCAAUUUCUGUUGUGUGAACAUGAUGGAAAGAGAAGCUGUGAUAAAUGUUUUUAUAUUUGUAGCUAGAAGUGCUUUUAUUUAUAAAAGUGAAUGUUGUAUUUAUUAUAGAUCUGUAUAACUGCAUCUGAUAUUUUGCCAGAUUUUUUUUUAAGUACCAUAGAUGGUUUUCCUUGAAUGUGAAAUUAUGGUUUAUGUAAUAAAAUGUAGCACCAAUUUAUUUAACAGGAAUGAUUAUUUUCCCUGAAAACAUUGUCCCGCUUUUCAUAUAUUAUAUACAUACAUAUUUUUAUGAAUAAAAAAUUCAACACCAUAAU